UCGACGCCCGUUGAGGAGAACCGUUGAAGGCGCAGCACCGGCAGCAGCUUCCGCCUCCUGUCCUUCCUCAGGGAGCCCCUUUAGGAUCCAGUCGCCGCUUUCCCCCGCCGGACCUCGGACUGAGGGGACCCGACCCGGCCAGGGGGAGCAGCCGGGCCCCGGUCCGUGAAGAAUACAGCAGAUGCACAGAGAUUUGUCCUUCUCAUCACUAUAGAAGUUGCCUGUGUCAGACUCUUUACUGUGCCUCUCCAUUUGCACUGCUUGAGGAAGGGAAGCCAGCUGUGUUAAUGCCUAGACUGCUUGAAUGACAGAUUAAUCAGUCACUCGAUGGGGAUUACCAGUGGAGCAGCUGUUUGUGUCAUCUUUCCACCUUUGUGUAGCAAACAAAACAACUUCAGCACCUCUUCGAUAAUAAUUAUGAAACUGGUAUUAACUGAAUGGCAAUUAUGGAUUUUUAACUCUAGUUCACAGUAAACAAAACAAAACCAGCAAGCCAUAUGUUGAAUUGAAUUUCCUACCAAAUCGCUUUUUGUUCCUCUGAAUGUUUCAACACCUACGUGAGAAAUUGAUGACGAAAACCAUUCACACGGAGGGGAAUUACAAAUAUUGUUUGCAUGAGGAACACGACGCCAUCAGAAAGAGAAGACAUGAAUGCUGACUCGGAAUCUAUGCAAGUUCAAGAGCUACCUGUGGUACAGCUCCAGAAACCGGGGAAUGAGAAUGAGAGUAAAGAAGAGACUAUAAGUGAAGGAUCUAUAGACCGGAUACCUGUUCGUCUCUGGGUGAUGCAUGGUGCUGUGAUGUUUGGCCGGGAAUUUUGUUAUGCUAUGGAGACAGCUUUGGUGACACCAGUAUUAUUACAAAUUGGUCUUCCUGAACAGUACUACAGCCUCACAUGGUUCCUUAGUCCAAUUCUGGGCCUCAUCUUCACUCCUUGGAUAGGUUCAGCAAGCGACCGCUGCACACUUAGCUGGGGCCGCCGGCGGCCUUUUAUUCUUGCCCUUUGCAUUGGAGUCCUCUUUGGAGUUGCCCUUUUCUUAAAUGGCUCUGUCAUAGGUCUAGCCAUUGGAGAUGUCCCAGACAAGCAGCCCAUUGGCAUCGUUCUCACUGUGCUGGGAGUGGUGGUCUUGGAUUUCUGCGCUGAUGCAUCAGAGGGGCCGAUCCGAGCCUAUUUGCUGGACGUAGUGGACAGUGAAGAGCAGGACAUGGCGCUCAAUAUCCACGCCUUCUCAGCUGGUCUCGGAGGAGCCAUUGGCUACAUGUUGGGAGGCCUAGACUGGAUGCAGACUUUCUUGGGGUCCAUCUUUAUAUCCCAGGAGCAAGUGCUCUUUUUCUUUGCUGCUAUCAUUUUCUCCGUCUCCGUCGUCCUCCACCUUUGCAGCAUUGAAGAAGAACAGUACAACCCUCAGCAGGACAGGAUUGAUGAUGAAGCUGAUACCAUGUCAAGCGUCAAGCUGAGCGGUGGGAGCCUCCCACCUCUGAACCGGCUAAACAUCAUCAGUGAGGAAGACCCUUAUGGGCACACCAUGUUUCCAGAUGAGGUCCAGUCAGAGCAAGAUCUCAACAUGGAAUUUCUUGACGUGGACAUCGUGCGGAGUAAGAGUGACUCAGUCCUGCACAUGCCUGAUGCCACCCUUGAAAUGGAAUCUGAGCUGCUUUUCCUCCAUGACAUUGAGCCUUCCAUCUUUCAUGACUCUUCGUACCCAAACACCCCUCACAGUACCAGCCAGGAGCUCAUGAGGUCCAAAUUCAACCGCCUGUCUGCUUUCCUCAGGGAAAAUGAGAAAGAGGAGGAGAUGUUACUUGAUAAUCACUUGAAUGAAGCCAAAGUCCCCAAUGCCAAUGGUUCUCUACCAAAAGAUCUCCUGAACGGGAAUGCUAGGAUUGGCAUGAAGCAGUCAAGCACUUCCAACUCCAUGCACAGGCGACGGCACAUGUUCUACCGCCAGCCCUCUCACACCUUCUCCUAUUAUGGAAAGAUUGGCUCCCAUCGUUACCGUUUCCGGCGGGCUAAUGCCGUUGUCUUGAUCAAGUCCUCCCGCAGCAUGAAUGACAUUUACGACAUGCAGAAGAGGCAGCGGCAGAGAUACCGGAACAGGAAUCAGAGUGGGGCAACCAACUCCAGUGGGGACACGGAGAGUGAGGAAGGAGAGACGGAAACCACAGUUCAACUCUUGUGGCUUUCCAUGCUGAAGAUGCCCAAGGAACUUCUGCGGCUUUGCAUUUGUCACCUUAUUACCUGGUUUUCCAUCAUUGCUGAAGCUGUAUUCUACACUGAUUUUAUGGGGCAGGUCAUCUUUAAUGGUGACCCCAAGGCUCCUACCAAUUCUACUGAACUGUAUGCCUACAAUGCUGGUGUUCAGAUGGGCUGUUGGGGAUUAGUCAUCUAUGCUGCUACUGCUGCUGUGUGUUCAGCCUUACUACAGAAGUACUUAGACAAUUAUGAUCUUAGCAUCAAAGUGAUCUACAUCCUGGGUACGCUGGGAUUCUCCAUUGGAACAGCAGUGAUGGCCAUGUUCCCUAACGUAUAUAUUGCCAUGAUAAUGAUCAGCACAAUGGGAAUUGUCUCCAUGAGUAUAUCCUACUGCCCAUAUGCACUACUAGGGCAGUACCAUGACAUCAAGGAGUAUAUUCACCACAGCCCUGGAAACUCCAAGCGAGGGUUUGGCAUAGAUUGUGCCAUCUUGUCCUGCCAGGUCUAUAUAUCCCAGUUCUUGGUGGCCUCUGCCCUAGGAGGAGUUGUGGAUGCUGUGGGCACAGUCCGGGUCAUUCCGAUGGUUGCUUCAGUAGGCUCUUUCUUGGGUUUCUUGACAGCCACUUUCUUGGUGAUGUACCCGGAUGUUGGUGAGGGUUCAAAAGAAGAACAAAAGGGACUGACCCCUCCCAAUGUGACUGAAAGCAAUGGCACUGAGGAGGAGGAGAAACCACCUGUGUUAAAGCUCUCUCGAAAAGAAGUUGCUGUGUCAGAAGUGGAAAACGAAUCCACUGUUUGAACAAGUUGCCAUCAUUCACACACAUUCCAGGCAAUUCAGGUGCAUGAAUGGGAACAUUGUCAGAAGCAAAAAUCUGAACUUUCAAGAGACAUCAUCGUCUUGCGGCAAUGGAUUAAAUGGUUCUUCAUACAAAAACGUAGAUGAAAUUCCAUAAUGCUAGGUAGCCUAGGUUGAAUAGGUAGCUUUGAUGCUGAUUGCUUUCUCUACAAUCCAGAAAAACAUCUUUCUUAGAGGUAUUUUUAAUGAAGAGAAAACACACUUGGGUUUCCUGUCAAUAGACAGGAAAACUUUCUACUUGCACAUGGUUUUGUUUUGUUUUGUUUUGUUUUUAAACCCUCACAACAUUUUUGUCAAAAACAUCAAAUGAUCCAUUUGAAGGACAACAACAACAAAAUUCAUUUUUUUAGAUCGUAACGGGAGGAAGCAACGCUGGCUGCAGCUUUUGCAAAGAAACUCCUGGGUUGUUGGUUUUUUAAAUUUUAUUUUUUUGGUUUUUGGGUCUGACCUCUUUGGACCUUGCAGUUAUAGUAGGAAAGCCAGUUUCAUUGAUCAAAUUGUGCAUUAGAGAACUGAUGCAAUAAUAAGUGAGCAACAGUAAUAGUUCUUAUUUGCCCCCUUUUUGAACCAGAGUCUGUAUUCCAUUUUUUAUUUUAUUUUAUUUUAUUGGUGCAACUGGUAUUACUGUUCCUGCAUCUGCAGUAGUUAUUCCAAAAACUGAUGUCAAUUUGUUAUUCUCAUUAUUAUUAUUACUGUAUUCAAGCCAUUUAGAACAUCUGUUCCCAGUGGCUAUGGCUCGCCAUUGUUUUUAGAUCAUGGUCUUCCCACUGUAGAUCUGGGAAGGCUUUGGCAGUUAAGAAGACCUUUUGGCAGGCCUUAGGCGGCUUGUGGAGUUUUAGGAAGCACCAGUGAAAAAUGCUGUGACCAGAUGGACGACUGAGCUGGUCAAAUUUGAAUAUUUUUCUUUUCCUGUAUUUCUUUUCCUUUUUUCCUUUUUUUUCAUGGCAUUUAAAAGCCGAUCAUCUCUUUUGUGAGGAAGCUGCUUUGAGUUGGGGGGAAUCCACAUUGUUGGUUUCUUCAAAUGGGUUGUGAGGGUUCCCUUGUUUAGAAGGGGUCGUCGAUUGCACUUUUUCUGAACUCUUCUGGGCUGGGAAUUGUGAUAGUUGGGUUUUAAAAGAGAGUCUCGCUAUGGCAAGCUAAUACCAAAGGCCUACCUCUGAUACUGCAGCCUAGAGUGUGUGCAUGUGUGGCUAUGUUGCUGCUUGUUUGUUUGUCUAUUUGUUUAAAAAAUAUAUUAUCUUAAAACAGCUUUGGGCCUUAAGAGAAAUCCAACACUUUUUUUCAAAAAAAUGCUGUAUCUUUUUCCUUUGUCUAGGAGUCCUGUGGCUGGAGGCAUACAAACUAGAUCCCUGUUUUCCUUUCUCAAGCAACUCCUUAGCCUCUCGGCCCCUUUGCAUGUUUGACUUAACAGUGGUUUCAGUACAAGAAUAGGAAUACAGAACCAAGGCUGCAGAUUAAAAGGAAAGGGUUUUUUUUCCAGCAAGACCCAACUUGUUGGACUCUUAAUACAAUACCAGGUCAAUGCUGAGAAUGAACCUCCUGUUAGGUAAAUGUUUUGGGGAAGAAGGUCCUUAGAAAGUUCUUCUUCUUUGAAGAAGAGCCUGUCCUUGGACAUUUCUUGAUGCCUGCAGAGAAUGCAGCAUUGAAGACAUGGCAGCCAGUUUUCAGGCUGAAGGUGGCAAAUGGAGGACACUUUUGUGAUACUUCUGCUGCCUCCGAUUCACUUAUUUUGGAUGCAUUACUUUAAAACGCAUGUCUUGAACCAUGCUGCAAAUAUAAUAAUUUGAAAGUGAAUAUUCCUCCCUCUCCCCACACACACACACACACACAUAUAUAUAUAUAUAUAUUUCAAGAUUAAAAAACAGUUUUAAUUACUUGAAUUGUACUUAAAAGAAGAAUAUGUAUGUUUUUCAUAGCUAACCUGAUAAUCAUCUUGCUGGCCUCUUUGGAUAGUUUGGCAGCAGCUUCUGUUUGUUCCUUAGCUGUGCUUUUCAGACCCACAAUUUACAUUUUUACCUCCAUCGCAGGUGAAUGGAUUUCUUUAUAGACCAGUGGAAUUUCAUAAAUUUUCAUUUUGUACAGGGAUUUUUUUAAAUGAUGUUUUAAUGGUCUAAGGAAAAAAACUCAAGUUUUUUUUCCUCUCAAAAUUUGGAACAUUUCAUUUGAAACUUGUUUUUCAAAGAUCACACAGUCUAGUGAAGAAAUCGAUGUUGUAUAAGAUCUUUGAUUUAGGAAUAUUCUCACCUCCAUUACAGGUUAAUGGUCUUUGCAACUCCUAACUGCAAGACAGCCUUUGUUUCACCAAAGAAAAGCUGAUGGAUUCAUUGAAAAUAGCUGCAUUAAGCAUUAAAUGGUACCAUUUCCCAAACGGAUCCUGUUUAGUGGCUUCCGUGAACAUAAAAAUAAGAUGUUGCCACCUCUGGCUUGAUCCUUUCUCACACUGUGGGGUUUCUCUUCCUUGAAGUCUGUUUUUCACUCAAUUCACUGUCACUCAGGAUUGUUCAAAAUUAAGAAAUCAAUUGCUGGCUUUCCCAGAUUUGCCUGCCCAGAGAACUCAUAUCCUUUCCCAUGGUAAGAGUUGAUCCAGACAGGAGGCCCCAAUCUUUCUUUGAAUCCUGUAACCCCAGUCUUCCUGAACAUUGUUUGACAGUUGCUGGAUCAGCCAUUUUAACGUCAGUAUCAGUUCUACCAAAACCUGGAUACCAGCCCUGGGGUAAACUUUGCACAGACAGGAGACUGUCAUGUUUUGGUAACUGUCUGAUCUUCCUGUACCUUUACUGUUAAAAGAGGGUUGCCAGAAGUGUCGACUUCAGGACAUCGUUUUGUCAGGGUUUCCUUCUCAGCUUUUAGCAUUCUUGGCAGAAUAUCUCUUCCUAUUGCUGGAAGUGGCAUUUUAGGGACAGUGAAAGUGUCUGUUAACUUUCAGAAGGUGGAAAUAUCAGGAAGAUUACAUGGAUGCUUCCUGUACAUUCUGCAGAAACAAUUUAGGCAUGCUGUUAUAGGUUCACAGCCCAACUGGGAACAUAAUUGUAGUUCAGACUGCACCAAGAUUGUUUUUUUAAUGUCUGCCUCUGUCAUGGAGUUGAUAGGCUUGAGACUUCUCAAACAAUUCCGUAAUUGUGUAAGUAUACUACACAUUUAGAUCAUUCGAAUAGCACUUUUAACUGUUCUCUCUCUCACCUGUGUAAUUGUUGGAUUUUUAGUUUGGUGAGGUCUUUAUAAUCUUCUAAUAGGAAAUUCUAGUGCUAUAGUUCAUGGAGGAUAUGGACUAUAGAAUAGAAUAGAUCUUUCACUAAACUACAAAUCCCAGGACUACACAGGAUGGAGCAGUAGCAGUUAAAGUGGUAUUAAAGUGUUAUAAUUGCAGUGUAGAUAUACUCCUGGUAAAUAUCUCAUUUUCACAGAUACUUUUGAAAAGCAGUGGCAGGUGAAUAGCAGUUUGUUUAGCUCACAAGUAAUUGUCCUUGAUUUUAAAUUUAGCAACAUUUUAUUUAUUUAUUUUUAUUUUCACAUAUCCUAUUUCCAUAUUCAGAAAUCAACCAGAUCUUUGGGCUGCCUGGCUUUCCAACAAUAUUUCACAUUGUAAAUCAGUUCAAGUGUCUGGCUGCUAAAGUUCCAUCUCUUGGAUUGUAUAUAUUUUAAAAUAAUAGAAUUAUCCUUUCCUUUUUUUAAAACAAAAUGGAAGAAAUGGAUUUCUAAUGACAACAUCCAACCAGACUUAAGACAAGCUUCUACAUUUAAAAAUGAUUUGGUGAGAGACAAGCAAUAAUCUUUUUCGUUGUUGUUAAGAGAUCAGUUCUUAUUUGCACAUGGGGAUUUUUACCCAAAUAGCCUUUCUAAUAUUCUGAUCAUUCCCUGACUGAUCAGAGUUCAAGGUGAUAACCAAGGCACAGAGGCACCUGAUUCUCCUCAAAAAAAAAAAAAAAAAAAAGGUUAAAGAUUGGGAUUUGUAUUAGGGCUUUUUCGUUGAGGCCCUUUCUUGGCCAUGGUGCCUUGAAAAGAUCUGAAAUAUGGCCACUGCAUCAUUGGAUUUGUUAGAAUCCAAUCCUUUGCUAGAGAUUGCUUCUAUGUUCUUCAUUUAUGGCUUCUAUGGAGAAACAUCUGGUCCCCAUGCAGUUGGGGAAUGGUCCCCAUGUGGUUGGGUUUUAAGGGGACCAGCCUUUGACUAGGCUCAAGGAAAAGGUCAGCUGUCCUGCCCAUUCCAGUCCCUUGCCUUUGAAUUCAUUCUGCUGAGACCUGGUUACAAAGACCAUGGCCAACUUGCAACGUCAAGGUCUAUAUUUCAGAAAUGUACUGUCUGGUUUUAUUGCUUCAUCUGAUUUUGCCUGCACAGAGAGCCAUAACCUUAGAAGAUCAUCCUGUUGCAGGUCAAAAGCUGUCUUCACUCAUUUUUCCUCAUUUUUAAAAGAGGCGUCUUAACACCCAUUUAAGGCCCCAUUUCAUGUUGUGACAGGGAGAGUGCGGCACUGUUGUACCACAACCGUGUUCUUAGUUGGGAAACCAACUAAGGCUGAUGGAUACCUCCACUCUGAAACGCUUUGGGGUAGCUAAAACCCAACUCAGGGUUUCCAUAGGGAAUGGCGGCUGGCAGCUCCUAUGCCAGAAGGGUGACAAAUCCACUCUGGUUGUUAGCCUGAACCUGUCAAGGAGUUUUGCAGGAUGCUGAACUUUGUUCCCAAGUCACUGAGCCUGUUUCAAAGAUGGAGUUUGGCACUUUUAAAAUUAGACUGAAAUCAGGAGCAGGUACCACCUCAUUGACGCCACUCUCCAGUGUCCCUUGCUCGCAGCUUAAUUUGGGAGCUUAGUAUCUUUGCCAUUCAACCUUGAAAACCCUUUUCCUUAUUGAAAAGGGAAAAGAGGGUAGACCCAAAGCUCCUUCCUUCCACUGCAGCCAUCACUCUUCAUUGCAACAUAGGUAUUGUGCUUUCCUUAAGAGUUUUCUGCCACCUGCUAGCAAGAUGCACCCAGCUGAAACCGUUUGUUGCUUCGUAAGGACAAUAAAACCCUGCAUGGCUCCCCUGCUAAGCACAUGUAAUGUCUUAAGUACCUGAAGUGUCUUUUGUAGGAAUGGGUGGGGGGGCAAGUGAUUUGGCUUUUAAUUCAUUUACAGCUAUCCUUGUUUUUCUGUUAAUAGGCCAAAUAAAUGUAACCGACACCAAAUGCACAGAAAUGGAAAAACAAUGACUGUGUUGUGAAAUAGAAAAAAAGGAUACCAAAUUGUUUUUUUGGGGGGGGGGGAUCUUUUCUUAACUAUGGAUUCUUAAACUUGCAGACAUAGCAGCCCUAAAUGGUGAUUUCUAGAAGGAACACUAAGCUACAAGAAGUGAGUCCAUUUACAGGGAGAGAUGGACUACCCAGAGUUCUAUGUUUCUGUGUUGCAUCCAGAAUGAAAGUGUUAUUGGAGAUGCACCUUAUACUAUCAUAUUUGUUGUACCACUGUUGUUGUGUGUUUGUGUUUCUUUUUCUUUCAAUGUAAGGCCUCAGCAACUAGUAAGGAAAUUGUAGGAACAUAAAAUCGCAUACUGCACCACAUCCUCCUGGCUGAAGAGUCCAGGGGCUCAUCUUGGGCAUGUUGUCUGAGUGGAGCAAAUUUGCUAAACAGGACACAUGUGCUAAGAAAUUAUUUAGGAUUUGCAAUCCUGAUAUAAGGAUGACUCAAAGAAUGAUCUGUAGUUACAAAUGAGUACCUGAUUUGUCUUGAGGGCUUUUCUUGCUUAAUUUAUCUGGGGACUGGGUAAUUCAGAGUUUGCUUCCGUUUCAUGAUAGGGGUGACUCAUUUUCUGGGCAGCUUUCUGUAAAAAACAUUUCAUGGGAUAACUGCCCAGAUAAUAAUGUUCCCUGCGGGAAAAAAGAAUUCAGGAUCCCAUUGCAAAUUCCUUCAUGCUUCAGGACAACAGAUAAUUCAUUGCAUUGAUCAAAUCUCAAGAUGAUUUCAAAAUGUCUAGCUUUUUCAGAAAAUGAGAAGCCUCAUUGAAAUGCUGUACCCCUGUUUAGCUUGAAUUAAGUGUUAAUUUUGAAACAUGGCUUUUUAUUCAGUAUAAAUCUAACAUCUUACAGGGUAGUAUGAUUUGAUCAGUAUAACUGUUCCAAAUUGAAUGUUGUGCUUUAAUUUCUACUGCAACAUGAACCUGAAACCUUCUUGGUAGCCAGAUGGCCAGCUGAAUAUUAAAAUGCCUCAUCUACUGAAAAGCUGCAUAUAUAGGCAUCUCAUAAUGAAAAGUAUAAGUAAAUAUAUAUGUAUAUAUAUAUUUAGUUCCAUUGUGGACUGGCCAUAAGACAACUUCUUUUUUAUCAACUUAUUAAGUUGGGGCACUAUACUAGCUCUUGCUGAGUUUAGCAAUGUUUAUAAGCGUGUGUUAAACACAUAAUGUUUCAAGUUUAAUGAAGAAAAAGGGAUAACAAAACAGAAAUGUGACAGAUGAAUGUGUCUGAGUGGAUUACAUGGCAUAAUGUUCUGGGAUUUGAUUUCAACACAGCUUUCUUUUCUGGUUUUUAAGUAAAGAUUUGUUGCAUGACAAAAUAGUUUUAACUGUUCUGCACUUUUGGUCUGUUUGUAUAAUUCUUUUUUCCAUUUAUGGAUAGAAAUGGCUGAAUGUAGAGAUAAAAACAAAAACCACUAUUUCACAUUUUUCAUGUGUUCAAUCCAUUGUUCUACAGUUCAAUCUUAAUAAAUAUUUCAGUAUAAA